UUUGCCAACACAACCAUAUAUGUACACAGUCAUGUAUCCUUAACCUUUUUUCAACUGACUCUCUUAUUUGUUAAUUAAAUCGGCCUUUAUUCAUAUAAUGCGUAAUCCAGGAAUGCAACGAUUUAAUUGGCACGAGAAAACUCGAGAAAAUAGCAACUGCACAAAUCGCAAUGACAACAAUGAAUGGCUAAAUUACUUCCGGACACUAAGGUUCCGCGGAGCUCCUCCUCACUAUUCUUAAUAUUAGCGACACCCAUUCAGUAGAUAUUUGAGCAUUUUUAGUUAUCUGUUCAUGUAGUAGAUUGGAAUGCAAAGUUUGUUUGCUCAAGUGGUGUCCACUGUCCAGUGCAUCAGGGGGAGUUUUAAUUGCUGGUGCAACCUAUAUAGUGGUCUGAUGCAUUGCCGAAACGUCCAGACUGGAACAACAAUGGACAGAGUAGGCUGCCCUGCACGGGUGUCACACCAGUCCUUGAUGGCAGCUGCAGUGUCUGUGGGUUUUCCUUUCUCCAUUGUACUUAACUGAUCAGCCAAUGUUAUUGAUUUGAGGCCAACGUACACCAGUGAUGUACUAUAUUAGUUAAUGUGCAACAUCCUGAACUUUACAGAUAGAAAUGGAAUGAAUAGGUUCUAGACUAUUCCCAUUUCUAGAUGACAGAAAUGUUUUAUGCAGAAUACAUGUUUUCUAUCUGAGCAUACGGUAAUGUUGCAGCUGAACAGGGCCCUGUUCUAAAUUAGACACUGACUAAAAGGGAAAAAGGAAUACCUGAAUCAUGUUCAUUAGCGCAUACUGUAGAAAAACAUUUUAAAAUAGGAAACACAAACAAGCUUAUUAAACAACAUUUCACUCCGUUUCGGGUCACUGUCUUCCAUUGCGUGCCUACUGAACAUGACCCAGCAGACACUGCGGCAGCCCUCCAGGUAUUGAGCCCAGCUGUACAGGCAUAAGCCCUGCAGGGUUUUAGUAUGGCUUCAGAGAAGAUGGAUGAUUGCAGUGGGACACUGGGGCUGAAUGUUUACGUCAAAGAGGAGGAGGAAGAGGUGCAGGUGGAGGAUUUCACAAUGAAGGAGGAGGAAGCUUUCACAGUGAAGGAAGAGGUGUUGACUUUCACAUUUAAAAAAGAAGAGGAAGAGGUUUCAACAGUGAAAGAAGAAGAGGACGAGGUUAUCACAGUGAAAAUUGAGGAGGGUGGAGCAGAGAGGCCUAGCCCCAGCACCGAGACUAAAUGGGGCUCGAAGAGUGGAAAAAGUUCGAUACAGGAACUCGACUGGCGAGCUCCUGUGGAGAAACCUCACUGCUGUUCCCAGUGUGGCAAAACAUUCUCAGAGUCCGGAAACCUGAAGCAGCACAUGCGGACGCACAGUGGAGAGAGACCUUACCACUGCUCCAAAUGUGGGAAACGCUUCAUACAAUUGGGACACUUCAACAGCCACCAGCGCACGCACACGCAGGAGAAACCGUUCAGUUGCGGUGAGUGCGGGAAGAGUUUCUCUCAGAGAAUCAAUUUGAAGAAACACCAGCUCACACACUCUGGUGAGAGGCCUUUCUUGUGCUCUGACUGCGGGAAGAGUUUCUCUUCAUCUACCAACCUAAAAAGACACCAGAGCACGCACAGCAAUGAAAAGCCUUUCCAGUGCACCAACUGUGAGAAAAGUUUCACUCAUAUACACCACUUGACACGUCAUCAGACCGUACACACGGGGGAGAAACCUUACACUUGCUCUGACUGUGGGAGGAGUUUCUCCCUCCAGGGGACUUUAAAGAAACACCAGCGCACACACACCGGGGAGAAACCGUACCAGUGCUUGCUCUGCGGGAAGAAUUUCUCUCUUUCGGUGGCACUGAAGAGGCACCAGCUCAUGCACACUGGAGAGAAACCGUACCAAUGCUCUCAAUGCGGGAAGAGUUUCACCCAAAAGGGACAAUUAACUCAACACCAGGGCACACAUGAACUAGAAAAGCCUUACCCCUGCUCCCAGUGUGGGAAAAGUUACUCCUCGGCCCCCUCGUUAAAAGCACAUCAGAGGACUCACAAAGAGUCAACGUCACUCGCAAUGACAGCACAUUUCAGAAAGUAAAUUAUUGAACUGGUUGUCUCUGAUUGGGAUUGAUAGCCUACAUUUGAAACUAUAGAUGCCUUAAAUGCUUUGUCAUGUUCAAACAAAACUCUUAGUCCCAAUUUAAUUUUCUCUCUGAAAUGUUCACUUGCACACUCCUUACAGAUUUAAAAGGAAUGGACUGGUUUGCAUUCAGUACCACAGAACGGUGAGCAACCUUGAAUUCAAUGGAAACGGCACUUAAAAACUUUAAGCCAAUUUGCAACCAUCGAUGGCCACCAGAUUAUCGCCAGCUGAUCUUUAGUUAAACCAGUAAUUGGCGCUAAAAUCCAACAAGCUGGGUAAAACCAUAAACUAACAGUACAGCUAUCAUGCUUGUUAACAAAUUAGUGUUCAAAAACCAUAUUAGUAGAUGUCUUUUUAUAAAUAAUUUGUUGUUGCAUUGAAAGGUCCAAUGCAGACGUUUUUAUCUAAAUAUUAUUUCUGGUUAGCAAUUAAGUACCCUACUGUCUAUAAACAAAAAUAACUUCUUAGCAAAGAGCAAUUUCUCAAGCAAUGAAUGUUGCUAGGAUUGUCUAGGUGGGGAAAACUAGCUGUUAUUGGUAGAGGUUUGGAACUCUCUUUCUUAUUGGUCUAUUAACUAAUUUACCACCUGUUGAUGUCACCAGGCAGGCCAAAACUCCAUCCCACCAAAGCAGGCAGAUAUUUUAGGCUGUCUUCAAACAGCUCUUAUGCUAAAAUGGCAUAAUCACAAUUUCACAGUAUUAUUCCAACCUCAUAGUGUAGAAAAAAUAUAAAACACAGGAAAAUCACAUUUUGCACUGCCCAUGCUGUCAGUCAAGAACAAAUUCUUAUUUAGGGCCUACACUGGCAAAACCCGGACGACGCUGGGCCAAUUGUGCACCGCCCUAUGGGACUCCCAAUCACAGCCAGUUGUGAUACAACCUGGUUUCGAUCCAGGGUGUCUGUAGUGACGCCUCUAGCACUGAGAUGCAGUGCCUUCGACCGCUGCGCCACCCAGUUGCUACAAUAGCACAGAUAUAUCUAUGAUUUUCCCCAGUGGUAUGUGGUAAAUUCCCACCUGCCACUUGGUUACAAACGCACAUAGGGAAUGUGUUGGGAACUCCCUCAAGCCAGUGCAUACACCAAUCCAAUGGCACUAAAUCUUUGAGGGGGGAGUGAACAAGUGGACAACUUGGGGGAGAAACUAAAUUGGGUGUGUACCCUUUCACUAAUCCCACUUUUCUAAUAUUGGACUGCACUAAGUAAGCAGACUGAAGUUCAAUGCUCACUGCAUGUAAUUGCUUAUUGAUGAUGCUAUACUGUAUUUUAUUCAUAUGAUCUUACUAAUGUGGUUGUAUAUAUUAUUUUUCCAGCUGUGUAAAACCAAGCAAAUUCCUGUCAACAUUGUUAUUGUAAAAUGUAAUCACCUCAACAGAUGGAUCAGAACUGCAAGCAACUUUGUCCAAGAUACAAGUUAGGCAUUAUCGCACAAAUGAAUAAAUAUAUCAGUGUAAUCAGCACAGAUGUUACUGAUCAGGUUCUCUUAUUGAUUCUAUUCAUUAAAAACAUGCUUGAAAAGUUAUUUAUUGAAAAUGAUAAAAGGGGGGAAGAAAGGAGAUUGGAAGUUGUAGGAAAGUAUUAAGGCUCUAUUUUCAGCUGACCUUAAACCAGCGCAAUUGUCAAACGCAUGCUCAUUUGCAAUUUCAACCUGUUAAAGCCAGUGCUCUUCUACACUGAACAUAAAUAUAAAUUAUAUAAAGAUUUUACUGAGUCACAGUUCCUAUAAGGAAAUCAGUCAAUUGAAAUAAAUAAAUUAGGCCGUAAUCAAUGUAUUUCAUAUGACUGGGAAUAGAAGGUAGGGGCGUAGAUCAGAAAACCAGUCAGCAUGUGGUGUAUUUGGUAUUUUAUUAGGAUCCCCAUUAGCUGUUGCAAAAGCAGCAGCUACUCUUCCUGGGAUCCACAUGAAACAUGACAUAAUACAGAACAUCAAUAGACAAUGACAGAACUACAUACAUUUUAUUUUUAAAGGCACAUGUAGCCUACAUAUCAAUACAUACACACAAACUAUCUAGGUCAAAUAGGGGAGAGGCGUUGUGCUGUGAGGUCUUGCUUUAUUUUAUUUUUUUCUGUUUUUUUAAACCAGUUUUGUUGUUUAUUUGAGCAAUACAAGAUGGAAUGGCGUUCCAUGCAAUAAUGUCUCUAUAAUACUGUACGCUUUCUUGAAUUUGUUCUGUAUUUGAGGACUGUGAAAAGACCCCUGGUGGCAUGCCUAGUGGGGUAAGUGUGUGUGUCAGAGCUGUUUGUAAGUUGACUAUGCAAACAAUUUGGGGUUUUCAACACAAUGUUUCUUAUAAAAAAAUAAGAAGUGAUGCAGUCAGUCUCUCAAAUCUUAGCCAAGAGAGAUUGGCAUGCAUAGUAUUUAUAUCAGCCCUCUGAUUACAAUGAAGAGCAAAAUGUGCCGCUCUGUUCUGGGCCAGCUGCAGUUUAACUAGGUCUUUCCUUGCAGCACUCGACCACACAACUGGACAAUAAUCAAGAUAAGACAAAACUAGAGCCUGCAGAACUUUCUUUUUGGAGUGUGGUGUCAAAAAAGCAGAGAAUAUCUUUAUUACGGACAGACCUUUCCCCAUCUUUACAACCAUCAAAUCUAUGUUUUGACCAUGACAGUUUACAAUCUAAGGUAAUGCCAAGUAAUUUAGUUUCCUCAACUUGUUGACCACCACCAUUCAUUACCUUAUUCAGCUAAGGUUGAAAACUUAGGGAAUGAUUUGUACCAAAUACAAUGCUUUUAGUUUUAGAGAUGUUCAGGACCAGUUUAUUACUGGCCACCCAUUCCAAAACAGACUGCAACUCUUUAAGGGUUUCAGUGACUUCAUCAGCUGUGGUUGCUGAUGCGUAUAUGGUUGAAUCAUCAGUAUAAAUGAACACACAUACUUUGUUUAAUGCCAGUGGCAGGUCAUUGGUAAAAAUAGAAAAGAGUAGAGGGCCUACAGAGCUGCCCUGCGGUACACCAUACUUUACAUGUUUGACAUUAGAGAAAACCCUUUUCAACAACAGGUUUUUUCAACAACAGGUUAUGGUCAAUAAUAUCAAAGGCUGCACUGAAAUCUAAUAGUACAGCUCCCACAAUCUUUAUUAUAAAAUUCUUUCAACCAAUCAUUAGUCAUUUGUGUCAGUGCAGUACAUAUUGAGUGCCCUUCUCAUAAAAGUCUGUUGUUAAUUUGUUUACAGAGAAAUAGCAUUGUAUUUGGUCAAACACAAUUUUUUCCAACAGUUUGCUAAGAGCUGGCAGCAAGCUUAUAGGUCAGCUGUUAGAACCAGUAAAGGCAGCUUUACUACUCUUGGAUAGCGGAAUGACUUUGGCUUCCCUCCAGGCCUGAGGGAAGGCUCAGAUUAAAGAUAUGACAGAUAGGAGUGGCUGUAGAGUCAGCUACCAUCCUCAGUUGAUUUCCAUCUAAGUUGUCAAUGCCAGGAGGUUUGUCAUUGUUGAUCGAUAAUGAUAAGUUUGAAACAUUUUCCAAACUUGCAAUGCUUUUCUUUCAUUAUGUUUUUUUUAUGCAUGAAAUACGAUGGCUCACUGUUGUUGCCCACUUUACCAAAGAAGUAAUCAUUAAAAUAAUUGGCAACAUCACAUGAUUUUGUGACGAAUAAGGCAUCAAAUUCUAUGAAAGAUGGAAUUGAACACCCUGGUAGGUUGCUUAAUAACCUGAACCAGAUUACAGGCACUGGUUACAGUGAGAAGCUUCCUCUUGAGUGGACAGCUUGAUGAAAACCAGCCAAUAUUCAGGUCCCAGGAAGUAGACCUCUGUUUACAUCACAUACGCUAUCAAGCAUUUUACACAGAUUAUUUAGAUACUGACUGUUAGCACUUGGUGGUCUAUAGCAACAUCCCAAAAGAAAAUGCUUUAAAUGUGCCAAGUGAACCUGCAACCACAACACUUCAAUAACGCUUGACAUAAGAUCUUCUCCAAGCAUUACAGGGAUAUGGCUCGGAAUAUAUACAGCAACACCUCCCCAUAAGCAUUUCUGUCUCUUCUAUAGAUGUUAUAUCCUUGUAUUGCUACUGCUGUAUCAUCAAAUUAAUUAUCUGAGUAUUAGAAGUGGCUAAUAGAUGAAUGUUAUCUGAUUUCUAAGGCUACAUAUAUUAAAAUUGGCUAUUUUCA